CACACACACAUCCCUCAAUUUCUCAAUUUUCUUCACCACACUUUAUCAUCAUGGGUUUCGCCGACCUUUCAACCGAUUCUGGCCUUGCCAUCGCCAACCAAUACCUGUCCACACGUAGUUACGUUGAGGGAUAUGCUCCAACUCAGGCUGAUGCCGUGACCUAUAAGGCUCUCAAUGCUGCCCCAGACACUGCCAAAUAUCCUCAUCUUGCUCGUUGGUACAAGCACAUUGCUUCCUACGAGUCGGAAUUCUCUUCUUUGCCAGGAGACUCUUCCAAGCCUUACACCGCUUAUGGCCCAGAGAGCUCUGACAUUCCAGUGAAUGUUAAGGCUGCCCCUGCUGCCGCUGAUGAUGAUGAUAUGGACCUCUUCGGUAGCGAGUCAGAGGAAGAAGACCCUGAAGUUGUCGCUGAGAGAGAGAAGAGACUGGCCGAGUAUAGAGCAAAGAAGGCCGCCAAGCCUAAGCCUGCUGCUAAAUCUAUUGUUACCUUGGAAGUUAAACCUUGGGAUGAUGAGACAGAUUUAGAACAGAUGGAAGCCAAUGUCAGAGCCAUUCAGAAGGACGGUCUCGUCUGGGGUGCUUCCAAGUUCGUUCCUGUUGGCUUUGGUAUUAAGAAAUUGCAAAUCAAUAUUGUCAUCGAGGACGAGAAGAUCUCUGUCAGCGAUCUCCAGGAGGAGAUCGAAGGUGACGAGGACCACGUUCAGUCUACCGACGUUGCUGCUAUGCAAAAACUUUAAGCAACGCAACCGGUGGGUUGUGACUGGAGGUUAAUGACGGAUAAUUAAACAUGAUAAUUUAUUUACACGAGCUUGGAUCGUGUGGGAAGCUAGGCCCAUACUAGCAGAAUGAAAAUGAAUGAAAAUGAUUGAAUGAAUUUC